AUCACUCCAUAUCAAAAUUAAAAAACUCUUUAUAUACCCAUAAAUUUACAAAGAUGAAAACUAGGUGCAUACACCUGAGUUUCCACAUAACAAUUUGGGGUUAAUGCUUUAUAAGUUUAUCUAAUAAUCCCGUGUUCAGAAGCAGAUUCAAAUCCCGUGUUGUACCAACGCAGAAACCCUAACAAAAGAACAAAGCUGAAGAGUGAUCGAUCAUGGAGGAGAACAAGCAGAAAAGCAUUCACGACAUCCUCCCUCUUGACCUGAUUCACAUAAUCUUACUGAGGAUUCCGGUCAAACACCUUGGUCGCCUCAGGUGCGUUUCGAAGCUUUGGCACUCUCUCAUUUCCGAUCCAGACUUCGCGGAAUCGCAUCUUCACCUCUCUCUCGCACCCACCCAUGCGUGCAUCUACAGAAAAGUCUCCUCGGAAUCUUACCUUGUUCACCUUGAAGAAGUAUUUAAUGGCGACAAUUACCAAGUAAAAGAGGUAUCUUUCCCUUUCAAAAAGCAGCCACCUUCUAAGUUUCGUGUAAUGGGAUCCUGCAGAGGGUUUGUUCUCGUACACCAAGAGCCACACUUUUUUGUAGUAUGGAAUCCACUCACCGGAUUCAGCAAAAGAGUAUCUUACUCUUGGUUAAAUAUUCUUCAUCGUAGUAAGGGCAGGUACUUUUAUUUUCCCGGUAAUGCGAUUCUGUAUGGAUUUGGUUACGAUGCGACACGGGAUGACUACUUAGUUGUUGUAGCUUGGAAGGAUAGUAACUGCCAACUCUUAGAUUGCUUGUCCUUGAGAACCAAUUCAUGGAUUAAUCUUGAUGCUGCACUCCCCAAACGAUUCGGUUUUUGUUUGUGGGAAUCUGAGGGGUUGUUCUUGAAUGGCUCUAUUCAUUGGUUGCCUUACUCUCUCAAACAUUAUAGUGAAGGUCUUCUUAUAUUUGAUUUGAAGGAAAGAAGUUUCUCAAAGAUGUCUUUGCCUGAACAACUCAUAAUGGGUGGUCCUGCCACAUUUGUCAUACUAGGAGGGUGCCUAGCCUUGUAUUUUCAGGACUAUGUUGAAGGUAACACACACAUAUGGGUGAUGAAAGAAUACAGAGUGCACUCAUCUUGGACUUUGUAUGUGAUUCCUUGUUUAGAGUUUGAGCCUCUAUGCUUAUCCAAUGGUAGUGACAUUAUUGCACUAGAUUCUAUUCUUGCUGGACCAUUAAAGUUUGCCAAAUAUAAUAUCAGAGGAGAGCUACUCCAACAUUUUACAUGUCCUGCUCAUCUUCCACACGAUAUUUACAAAUAUGGAAGUUACCUUGUAUAUACAGAGAGUCUCUUGCUGCUCCCUAGUGAUAGUAAGCAUAAGGAUAAGAAGAACAAUAAUGUUAUUUAACUCUUCUGCUAUGCGUUGCACCACAUUAUCCCUGCUAGUUUUUAUUGUUUUGUGAUUAAUGUAAAGUGAUGAGCAAGAUGCAUGUGCAUCAAGUUGCAUUCAGAUGUGAAUUUUGACUAUUCAUGGUGAAACUUGAUGUAUCAGAUGCUUGGGGGAUUAUUAAUCAGUGUCUUGCUUUUUAAAGUCUAGUCUUGUGGUGAGGUUUUAGGGUUUAGCUCUUUUUCAGUUCUAAAGCUUGUAACCUCUACCAUGAAAAUCUUAUAUAUGCUUCGUUAUUAUGCUGA